AUGGCCCCAGCGGCCAGGCAGGAGGCAGUGACGUUCCAGGAUGUGGCUGUGGACUUCACCUGGGAAGAAUGGGCAUGCCUGGCCCCUUCUCAGAAGGAAUUGUACAAGGACGUGAUGCUGGAGAACUACAGGACCCUGGUCUGCCUUGGACUGGCAGUGUCCAAGCCAGGUGUUCGUGGCCAGGUGGACCAAGGGGAAGCGCUUUGGAUGCCAGAGAGAGAAGACUCAGGAAGCAGCCUUCGAGGUUGGAAGAAUAGGUCUGACACAGACGAGUCAGCUCCAGACAUAGAAGCCUGGGAAUGUAAAGCCAGGUUACGGAAGCAGGAGCGCAAUGAAGAUAAACAUUCUAGACUAGACCUAAGAAAACAGAAUCGAAUCAGCUCAAAGAAGAUAUUUUCUAAAUCUAAUGAAUGUGGGAAACUCAUCAGUUAUAAUUCAGACCUUAGUAAGUGUCAGAAAGUUCACAUUGCGAAGAAACCUUAUGAAUGUAAUGAAUGUGGCAAGAGCUUCCCAUGGAGUUCUCAUUUUAUUAAACAUCAGCGAAUACAUACUGGAGAGAAACCCUGUGGACCUAAUCAAUGUGAAAGGGCCUUCUGCUCAGGCAGAAGACUUACUGAACGUCAGAGGAUUCAUAGUGGAGAGAAAUUUUAUGAAUGUCACAUAUGUGGGAAAACUUUCUGCCACUUCACAGAACUUACUCAGCAUCAAGCAGUUCAUAGAGGAGAGAAUCCAUUUGAAUGUGUUGAAUGUGGAAAGACCUUCAGCCGGAGUUCACAACUUAUUGUACAUCAGAGGAUUCAUGCUGGAGAGAAACUGUAUGAAUGUCAUGACUGUGGGAAGGCCUUCCAUUGGUGUUCACGGCUUAUUCAACAUCAGAGAAUUCACAGUGGAGAGAAACCUUAUGAAUGUAAUGAAUGUGGGAAGGCAUUUCGCCAGAGAAUACAACUUACUGUACAUCAGAGAAUCCAUACAGGAGAGAAGCCUUAUGAAUGUAAAGAAUGUGGGAAGGCCUUCCACCGAAGCACAGGCCUCACACAACAUCAGAAAAUUCAUACUGGAGAGAAACCUUAUGAAUGCAACGAAUGUGGGAAGGCCUUCUGCCGGAGCUCACAACUUAAUCAACAUCAGAGAAUUCAUACUGGAGAGAAACUUUAUGAAUGUAGUGAAUGUGGGAAGGCCUUCUGCCGUAGGUCACAACUUACACAACAUCAGAUAAUUCAUACUGGAGAGAAACCAUAUGAAUGUAGUGAGUGUGGGAAGGCUUUCCACCAGAGCUCACAACUUAUUCGACAUAAAGUAAUUCAUACAGGAGAGAAACCUUUUGAAUGUAAUCAAUGUGGGAAGGCCUUCCAUAGAAAUACAGGACUUACACAACAUCAAAGAAUUCAUACUGGAUGGAAACCUUUUGAAUGUAAUGAAUGUGGGAAGGCCUUCCACAGGAGCACUGGACUAGUACAACACCAGAGAAUUCAUACUGGAGAGAAACCAUAUGAAUGUAAGGUAUGUGGGAAAACCUUCCGCAGGAGCUCACAACUUACUCAGCACAAGGUAAUUCAUACUGGAGAGAAACCUUAUGAAUGUAAUGAAUGUGGGAAGGCCUUCUGCUGGAGCUCACAGCUUACUCGACAUCAGAAAAUUCAUACUGGAGAGAAACUUUCUGAAUAUAGCAUGCAUGAGAAUGCCUUCCACACAGAGAAACUACUUAAUCAACACCACAGAAUGCAUACUGGAGAGAAGCCUCAUGAAGUUAAGUCCUUAUGAAUAUGAUGAAAGUGAGAAGGGUUCACACAGAGCAAACACUACGGAAAACUAGAUAAGUCAAACUAAAGCAAAACCCUAUAGAUGAAAUGAAUCCAUGCCUAGUUGCCCUCUGUGGCUGCUCUAAACUUUUUUCACUCUCCCGAAAAGUCCCAAGCCGCCUCCUUUGUCCUCUCACACUUUAUAGCAGACACUGUUGUGCACUCUUAAAUUACUGAGAAAGUUGUAGAAAAAUGGAAGGGACUUCCUGUAUUUAGUCCACUCAUCACAAAUGCCCAGAAUUCUGAACUACUUCCUCCUUCCUGUUACCAUGGCAAGUGCAGUCUUCUCCCUCUUCUUUCCAAAGGCUGAUUCCUUUGCCUAUGCCUUGAUGCCACCAGUUCCUUUUUAGUCCAGGGCAUUACUUUGGCAGUCAUUCCCAUUUUUCUUUACGUCUUAAACCUCUCCCACUGGCCCCUUCUGAACUUUAUUUUUAGGUAUCCUGAUUUCCCAAAAACAAAAAAAUCUCUAUCCAUCCAUUCACCAACCUAUCUCUUUUUUUCAUUGCCAGACCUCUUGAAAAUUCUUCUGAUUUCCAAUAAUAAUAAAUGGCAUUUACGUAGCACUGGAAAGUUUACAACAACAUUAACGUAUCUUAGUUGAAUCUCACAAAAAUCCUGUGAAGAAACGAUGGCAGGCAUUAUGAUCCUUUUUAUAGGUGGAGAAAAAUGUGACUUGGGUUUAAGUGACUUGUCUGUAGGCAUACAGCUACUCCUGGACCGUCAUUAUCUCACUACCCGUCAAUGUGCAAUCUGUAGCAAGGAGACGCUGGUGACUUCUGACUUCCUAAGUACGAUGGCCUUUGCAAUACACCCUUGUUUGUCUAUAUAGUAUUUGAUGUAGUUCAUCAUCUUUUCCUUCCAGCUACACUGUGCCCUUCUGUAUUCCAAAAUGCCACACUCUUGUGGUUAAUAAGAACAACUUGAAUUUAAGUGAUACCUUUAAGAUUUUUAGAAUGCUUUUCUCCCCACAUCCAACAAUCCUUUGAAGUAGGCUGAACAAGUAAUAGUUGUUGCAUCCUAGAGACCAGGAAACUGAGAGGGUUACUUGCUUUUGAGACCGUAGUUGUUGAGAUCCCGGGGUCCUGACGUCAAGGCCAUCAGUCUUUCCACUACACCAUGUUGAUUUUCCUCCUUUAUCUGUACCUGCUUCUUUGAUUUCUUUGCUGAUUCAUUUUCCCACUCCCUUAAAUAGCACAUUCCCCCACCAGUCCCUGACUAGGACCUAAGAUUUAUACUGCCCUGAUGAAUGGCCCCAUAGUCUUCUUUUCUUCAUUUUCCACAUGGAAAAUGGGUAUCCCUGUCAGCUAGGGCUCACAGAAAACCCUAGGCAUGGGUAUCCAUGUCAGAAGCAAAGGCGGGGAACCUCUGAAAAGGCCUGACUCAGUAACACAGGCAAUACCAAAAUGGCUUCUUACUGCCUCUAGCAUAGUUUAAACUCUUCUGAUUUUUUAAAGCCUUUACAACCUGGCUCCAAAUUACCUUUCCAACGUCAUAUAUUAUUCUCUUCACAUUCUAUGGUCAAAUCAAUAGGCAUUUGGUAAGUACUCAAUAUGUGCCAGGCACUGUGCAAAGUGCUGGGGAUACAAAGAAAGGCAGAAAACAUGGUCCACAUCCUCAAAGAGUUC